AUGGCACCGUCGACUCGGCGUUCUCACCGUGCGGCGCAGCUUUCCGUUCUCGCCGUUGUCGCCGUCGUGUGCACGGUCGCACUGCUGCUCGCACCGCCUGCUGAAGCGCGGCCCACCAAGGAGGACUUGAUCGUCACAAUGAAGAACGCCAGAGACGCGUUUAGCAACCCGAAGCUCAACGGCCGAUACAAAGCAACCACCUUGUUCCUCGACCACAUCAUCCCCCAAAUGGAGACCGACUGGAACCCCACGGAGGGUUUCCUCGACGAAGUCAACGGGAAAACGCUCCUAAUGCCGGACGACGUGACUCUCGCCGCCGCGGCGCCUGACGUGCUUUACGACAUGGUGCGACCUACCUUAAAGCCCCGCGAUGUUGAAUCCCAAUACAUGCCGUUGAUCCGCGCGAACCUGCUGGACGGCGUGUACGAGGAGGAGGACAUCAAGGCCGCGAAAGUGCUCAAGGACGCGAAUGGCCGCGUCGUGGGUAAGGUAGAGGUCGAGGAGUCCAGCCAGAAAAAGGUCGCGAUUGGAAACGCCAAGGCGAAGGUCAAGCAUCCAGCGAUUUUCAGGGGAAAGCUGGGGAUCGUUCACGGCGUGGACGCAGUACAGGCGGUGAGUUAG